AUGUUGACCAGGUUUUCUGAUACGCCCAUAAAAUUGGAGCAAUCAUUGCCGGUUGUGUCUUUGGAGUUACCUUCGAGUACAACAACGGUCAUUAGGAAAUCCAGUCUUGGCUACCAAUCAUUGUUACGCUCAAAGGAAGAAGAUUCUUCGGAAAACCUGUUGAUACGGUUUGAGUCAGGGUUGACUUCGUAUGGCAAAAUACUUGAUAUCAAAUCAGAGUGCAUAUUUCAACAGUUAUCUCUCCGAGUUCUCAGAGAUCAAAAGACCAUUGUAUUCACUCCGCUCGCGUUGUCAAACAAUUUCGGUUACAAAUACCAAACUCUGAGCUUCAAAUUUCCAGGAAAAAUACAGAAUAGAUGUGUGACGAUCUCAGAGUCAUUUGAGGCCAAGGAUCUGACCGUAACGGUGGACGUUCUAUUGACGAACAACGUUUUGGUUACUCUUCUUCUUCGUCCUCAAUUCUUUAUUCAAGACGAAUUUGAUGUGACGACGUCAUCCUUCUAUCAAUGGUGCGGGUAUUCCCAGCCGUAUUCUUUUGACUUGAGACCGCCGUUAUUCUCGUAUAGCUCCUCUUCCCAAACCGUUGUUUUCGUGCUAAAGGAUGGAGGAAUUCUAAGACUCGAUAGAGACGAUGCUUUGAGCACAACGCAAUUAGUCCAACCUUUCAGCGAUACCUCAUACCUGAAGGCUUUGAAAUCAAAAUGGUUCGGGAAGUCGACGAUAUCGCUGCCAGAGAAUGUGGAUCCCUCUCACACAGCCAUAGAAAACGUAUCCACUGCGUCACAAAUAUCGUGCUUGGUCCACGAUGAUUUCAUGAUUACGCUGUCCAUUGACAAAAUCCUUCGUGUUUGGUCUCUCCAUUCAAAUAGUGUUUUGAUUGAGAAGAGCUUGAACGAUGAGUUAUCGCAAGAUCUAUGGGGACUGCAUCUGAACGUGUCGCCCUCUGACCUGGUAACUUUGUUACCAAACGCAGAGGAUGGUUACAAUAUCGCGCUCUACUUGCCUUUGGCACAACAAGGUCUUUUCAAAGUGUACAGUCUGAAUUUGCAGAGGGACAAUCUAACUUCAAGAGUUGUUGGCGCAGAAGUCGGUCCUCUAUUGAUGGAUACUAAUUUGGAAAGUGCUAACCUCACAUCGUCCGAUACUUGGCUGUUCCACAGUUCCCAGGUGGUGAAGACCUCGUUAAGUGGGCAAAAAUUGAGGGUUUUUGUUGCAUGGGUGUUCAACAACUCCCGCUUAAUACAGGUAUUCGACGUUAACCUGAAAGUGUCUUCAAUUUUGUCCUACGAGGUAGCCAGCAACGACAAUAUCGAGGAUUUGCUGGAUACACAUGAAUCUUUUGAAACCGAAGAAGCCAUAGAUUCUUUCUACUCCAGAAAGCUACGGGUCAAGUUUGAUCAAAACAUUUUAACAACAGUCAUUCCCGUCUUUGAGCAACGUCACAAUCUAGACUUGUUGGAGAACGGACAGACUAGCGUGGAAUUAUCAUCCUCAUCCGACAGUUUGUCCAUUAGUCUCAUCAGGUUGAUUAAGCGAUCUGUUGUCAAGGAUCAAAAUGCAUUGUACCUCAGCAAUCUGAAAUCCCAAUGGCGAAGGUUUUAUUCUAUUUGCACCGAACUAUCCAAGAAGACUCAGCAGGUAGUUGUCUUCAGCAUGAACACGGGUGGAAAGUUUGGUCUGCUUAUGAAAAGUCAGGACUACUCCGUUAUAAAGUCUGCCAUGUGUUUUGAGAUAAUGAAGUACAGCAACAAAAUCGUGCUCAGAGACCUUCCUGGCGGUGUCACUUCUCAAGCUGUUGAAGAGAUGGUGAGACUAUUGCAUGCGUUUGGAUCAAGUUUCUCCUCGGAUACUUUGAAAGCUGUCAAGCUAGGUUUGAUGAAUGAUUAUACAUCCGAAGCUUCCACGUCGUGGGAGGAGCGUAUGAACAGCAUUUUUGAAAGCUCAAUGUCAGCUCAUGUUACCCAAGAGGUUGGAAACGCCCUCCUCGAGGGGCUAGGAAAGGUGGACAAUGUUUUGCAGGUGAUUGAGUACAUCACAACCGCACCCCAGGUUCAUUUGGGUGGAUUCAGACCAAUAAAGAACACUCCCAUAGGUGAAUACGGAAUUUCCACUCUAGUGGCUUCAGUCGAGACCCAGAUAGAACUGCAGAGUGAGUUGAUCUUCCAGCUCUUAUUGAUUGUUCUUUCUGUUGAUGUGAACGAUGCAAUGGUGAAAAUAUAUUCGAAGUUGUUGAAAUUCUACGCGAAGUGCCAUCUUGCACUAGCCACCUUGCGUUUGGGAUUCAAGGAGAAUGGUGAAUUGGAAGAGGAUGAUGUGUUGAAGCCCUCACAAUUAAUGUUCACUGCUAUCAUCAAAAGGCUGAACGAUGAUGGUGUCCUCGUCACGUCCUCGAAAAUGAACAAGGUCACAGAAUAUUUUGUCGACUUCGUCAUUUACCAGGAGGAGUACGCCUUUGCUGCUGUCUCCUGGUUGCUCAAAGCCAAUCAAGCUGGGGUUAUCCUUAAUGACUUCGUCCAGUUUCUGCCCAAAGAGUCCCCUGUAUCUGCUUUGCUGGAAGGUUUAAUAUACAUGGAGGUUGGAGAAGGCACCAAAGCUUUCGAGGUAUUGCGCAAGAACUCGUCUUCAAUUGCAAAGUAUAGCACCACCAUUCUCGAAACUCGUUCUUUGGAACCUAUCCAAAACUUGUCAAAAUUCAAGCUUCUGGGUGUCGGCUCGGAAACACUGUACUUCAUCAACCUUGCAAAUUUGUUUGACGAGAACGGACUAACAAAUAUUGCAUUGAAGCUGUCACUGUCGUCAAUAACAUGUCCUCACACUGAUGAUGAGCUUAUCAAAUAUGGCCAUAAUCAACAAUGGCAAUUUUUCAAGCUGUCGCUGAAGACCACUGAGUUUCAGAUGGCUUACCACGCAAUUUUGAACAUAAACCGCAAGUAUAGGUCCGAGUGUUUGCAGAUGUUCAUUCUCAAACUGUUCGAGACUGACCAGGCUAACCUCCUGACAUCAUUUUCAAAUGCAGACGAUAUUGACACCGUGCACAAGAUUAUCUAUGAUUUGGCUGAGUCUUCGCCAGUUCUUGAAUCCUUGAAAUACUACAAAGUGUGCUAUUCGUGGAGAGUGAACUAUGGGGACUAUCGCGGAGCAUGUGAGUCACUGUACCGGUUUAUCUCACGGAUCCAGGAUCGCAGAUCAAACGCAGUAUCCACUCAAAAGCUCAGCAAGAAUAACAUCAUUCUGGCCGAGCUUUACCUCAUCAUCAUGAACCUGCUCUGCACGCUGUCGGAAGAGGAUGAUAGAUGGAUUCUGUCGUUUGCGUUGAAAGCUGGGGAGCCUAACAGACUCAAAUCGUUAGCUGAACUCAAGACAGAAUAUAAGGCGGUUUUGAGAAGUAUGAAAGAAGUGUUGCCUUGA